AGGUGCUGCUGGGCCCGAGCCUGCUUGUGCGCCCAGGCUGAAGAGGUUAAAGGUCAGGGGAGUGACACUUCCUUAAGUUCAACUUAAGUUGAACCCCACCCCAGCCCGUCAUCUCUGUCAUUUGGAUGGCGCUCCCUUCUAGAAGCUGUCACCUUGGUCCCUGUGGGCAAGGUCAAAGGUCCGGAAUGAAGGAGUGGAGCAGAGCCACCGUGCAGCCCUGAACUGCUAACAUUUGGCCUUUCGUGUGAAAGAGAACCAAGCAGCUGCCUGUUCGAGACAUUGUUACUUGCAGGCAAAUCCAGUCCUCACUGAUGAGCAAGAGUGGAAUCCUCCACAGCCGUGAAGACGGGUCCCGAGCCGGAAACCAACAUGGGUGAAAGAAGCCGGAUGUGAAGGAAUACACGCGCUGAAUGAUUCCAUCCUAGGACAGACCGGAACAGGCAAAACUAGGAUACUGUCCGAGAGCUGGGCAAGCAGCACCCCGUCCAGUUCUGGAACCUUUUCAUCACCCCGGAAAGUAAACAGGGACCUGCUAACAGUCACUCCCCGGCUGCCCCCACUCUCCCAGCCCCGGGCAGUCACGAUUCUCCGGUCCGAGUUACCCACUCUCGCCGCGUGUAUGCAGGGAUGUGCCUCUGGAUGGAGUCAUUUCUCCGGACCCCUUCACCGGCCCCCACCUGCUGCUCUGGAGGGAGAGAGGCCUUGGCAGGCGCCCAGCAGGCCCCUCGCUCGGCGCAGAGGACCUGCAAGGCCAUGCCAGCCCCAAGGCUUUCCCAGAGGAAACCUCGCCCCCGGAUCCGCAGGAAGUCACAGUCAGGGGCUGGCCGAGGAGGCGGGGAGCCCCCGGCAGCCCCGCGCAGACCGCUGCCCGCCGCCGCCGCGCUCGAUGCCCCCGGGCGCCUGCCAGGCCGCGCGCUGCCAGGCCGACUCCGAGUGCCCGCGGCACCGGCGCUGCUGCUACAACGGCUGCGCCUACGCCUGCCUGGAGGCCGUGCCGCCCCCGCCAGUUUUAGACUGGCUAGUGCAGCCGAAACCUCGAUGGCUUGGUGGCAACGGCUGGCUCCUGGAUGGCCCUGAGGAGGUGUUGCAAGCCGAGGCCUGCAGCACCACGGAGGACGGGGCGGAGCCCCUCCUCUGCCCCUCGGGCUACGACUGCCACAUCCUGAGCCCCGGAGAUGUGGCCGAAGGCAUCCCCAACCGCGGGCAGUGUGUCAAACAGCGCCGGCAGGCAGAUGGGCGAUUCCUACGACACAAGUUUUACAAGGAAUACCCAGAGGGCGACUCCAAGAAUGUGGCCGAGCCCGGAAAAGGACCCUUGAGGCACUUUCAGUGAGGCAAUGGGGCAGCCAACGCGCAGGAACAUUCUUCCACUUUCUGCUAAGCCUUGGAAACCGUUGGACCAAACACGAUUUGACCCCCGGAGGCCAUGCCCAGCUCAACAGAGAUACUCAGACACAGGACACCCGGCUCUCGAUGCCAGCAUGACCCGCCUGGCUGGGUGACUUCGCGGGAGCACUGGGUCCCCGUGUGACCAUCCGGGGAACACAGCACACCUAGCAGCCCCGCUAGACCCGGAGACCCCACGGAGCCCACCCUGGAAGAGGUCACUGCCUUUGUGAGCUGUGUCAAGCCCCUUUCCGUGUCUGUGUUGUUACGCAUUUCUUCCAGAUUUGUCUCUGGGAGGCAUGUCCCUAUGCCAAAUGUUCUCAAAAUAAAGCGCCCCUUACAAAACAGAAACGAA